ACUGAUAGCUGUCCUAUCAUUUCUUUCUGGGGAGUGGGGCACUGUGUGGCAGGUACUCUUUAUCUGUAUUACCUGACUGAAUCCUUAACAACAGCUCUGUGAGGCAGAUACUAUUCUGCCGGUUGAGGAAAUAAAAGGUUUCAGUCAGGAUCAGCAAUAAUAAGUGGCAGAGUUGGCCUUUGAUUUCAAACCUGGAGCUUUGAACCAUGUCGAUGGACUGAAACAUCACUGCUUUAGGGCAUCUCUGGUGAGGCUGAGCCCAAGGAAUCUUGACUGCCUGGAUCACAGUGGCAGGGCUCACUGGGAGAGGGCAGUGGGCAGGACACCCUUCUUGAGCACUGGGCAGGGACAGUUUUGUCUCUUUCCAGUGGCUGAUGGUAGAACUUACUCUUCUGAGAUCAGUGUGGUGACUUCAGAGCUCAGGAACCAUCCAUUGGUGGGCUUUCCCUGGGUGCUCUCAUGUAGGUGGACUCAGCCGCCCAGCCUAGUGGUAAAGGCUAGGUUUCUCGAGCCAGACAUACUAGGUCCUCUUUAUGUGAUGUUGAAUGAUUUACCUUGUGCCUCAGUGUCCCCAUCUUUCAGUGGGGUUGUGGUGAGCAUAUACGAGUUUUAAUGUCCAUAAAGUGCUUAGUGUAGUGCCAGGCAUGCUAUCAAGGGUUCAAUAAUUGACAGCUGCUAUUAUUAGCUAUUAGCCAACAGCUAGCAAGUCCAGGGAGACUUAUGACUUUAAAACAUCUGAAGUGCUGCCAGCCUGGGACAUAGGGCUUGUGAGACUCAGCCUCGAGAAAGCUCUGAGAGCAUAAGUGUUUUCCCAAGGAAAGAGGUAGAUACAAAAGAAGGGGGACCAUUGAAUAAUCGGGGCUGGACUUCCCAUCAGAUCUGAAAACAUUGUGCUCUGGCUUGAGGUCAUCAGUUGCCUCUACACUCCUGUGGAAUGGGGGCAUCUCACAGAAGGGGACCAGAAUGGAAGAAAGAGAUCUGACCUUCUGGCACUUGCUGAUGGAUCAUCUGUUUACAUUGAUUUUCCCCUCCUUAUCUGCUGGGCAUGUUAAAAGCCUUCAGGUUCUGCUGUGUCAGGUCAUCAAAGAUGCUCUUAUGUGGAGGGCCGUUUGGGUAAAUGGGAUUAGGGCCUCUUUGGGAGGCCCAUCUGUUCUGUCCUUACCUGAAGGCCUAGGCGCCAGGAUUUGGAGGAAGCUGGUACAAGGAAGCAUCUGUCCCGUGGGGGUGGGGAUGAGGGUGAGAGGCCUGGGGUAGGUGGGUCAGACAGAGGCCAGGAAAUCCUCUUACUCUGCCAGGUACCCGGGCCUCCCUCUGCAGCAGGAGCUGAGCAGCAAACCCUGGUUGGCUAGCUCCUCUGGCUGAUGGCAUGUUGAGGCACAUGGGCCAGUGGCAGCGAGGGCAUCUGAUCCAGAGGGGGCCACUCUAGAGGCCAGGCCACCAGCACCAUGGGCCAGUGCGUCACCAAGUGCAAGAAUCCCUCAUCAACCCUGGGCAGCAAGAAUGGAGACCGUGACCCCAGCAGCAAGUCACACAGCAGGCGGGGUGCAGGCCAUCGCGAGGAACAGCCACCAGCCUGUGGCAAGCCAGGUGGGGAUAUCCUUGUCAAUGGGACCAAGAAGGCAGAGGCUGUCACCGAACCCUGCCAGCUGCCAACGUCCUCUGGAGAUGCUGGGAGGGAGCCCAAGUCCAAUGCCGAGGAGUCUUCCCUGCAGAGGUUGGAAGAACUGUUCAGGCGUUACAAGGACGAGCGGGAGGAUGCAAUUUUGGAGGAAGGCAUGGAGCGCUUUUGCAAUGACUUAUGUGUUGACCCCACGGAAUUUCGAGUGCUGCUCUUGGCUUGGAAGUUCCAGGCUGCUACCAUGUGCAAAUUCACCAGGAAGGAGUUUUUUGAUGGCUGCAAAGCAAUAAGUGCAGACAGCAUUGAUGGGAUCUGUGCACGGUUCCCUAGCCUCUUAACAGAAGCCAAACAAGAGGAUAAAUUCAAGGAUCUCUACCGGUUUACAUUUCAGUUUGGCCUGGACUCUGAAGAAGGGCAGCGGUCACUGCACCGGGAAAUAGCCAUUGCCCUGUGGAAACUAGUCUUUACCCAGAACAAUCCUCCGGUAUUGGACCAAUGGCUAAACUUCCUAACGGAGAACCCCUCGGGGAUCAAGGGCAUCUCCCGGGACACUUGGAACAUGUUCCUUAACUUCACUCAGGUGAUUGGCCCAGACCUCAGCAACUACAGUGAAGAUGAGGCCUGGCCAAGUCUCUUCGAUACCUUUGUGGAGUGGGAAAUGGAGCGAAGGAAAAGAGAAGGGGAAGGGAGAGGUGCACUCAGCUCAGGGCCCGAGGGCUUGUGUCCCGAGGAGCAGACUUAGUGGCUCUAUCCCAGGAGCAGCAGCAGCAGCCGCAGCAAGGAUCUGCCUGCUGCUCUGUAGCCAACUGAGGGAUUGGACCUUUCUGGAAAUUACUGAAGAUCCAGAUAUUUUCUACUUUACACCUUUCUCUGCCUUGUAUCUGAAAGGGCUCUAAAAUGCUGUAUCAUGUUUUAGGCACUUUCUUCACUUUUUGGUUAUUUUGGUUAUUUCUUUUUUUGGGGGGGUUCCCCCAAAAUAUUUGAACCUGGCUACAUGUUGUGUAUCUUUUUUUUGAAGCCUUCAGCUAGAAUAAGCCUGCCAUUUCUUGCACAAAUUAGAUUUUUUUUUUUUUUUUUGUGGGGGAGGGUAUAGAGCAGGGAGGGGGGAAUGGGAUGGUUAGGUUGAAUUAACAUUACACGAUGAUACAGUGCCAGAUCUCAGUUUUGCAUAUUCUGUUUUUCAGGGCAGGUCUGUACUGUGUGUAGUGCUGUUUACAUGGUUGGAUUUAGGUUAUAAUAAUUAUUUUAAAAGAUUUACACAGAAUUGAAUAGCAGUGUUAACUGUUAACCAUAUUGCAUUAAUUCCCAGGCGAUUUAAAGCUCUUGGAGAGCCAAGGCCAGCCAAGAGCAUUUGUAGUCUGGUGACAACCCCCUUUUAAGCUAAUUUAUCCGAACCCCUUUUCUUCACUUCUUGCUCAUUCCUUCUUUGACCUAUUUCAUUUCAUGUUGCAUUUAUCCAUCAACAUGCUGCACCUGUCAGUCAAGUGAGCAGUUUUUUUUAUACCACAUUGUACUGAGAACCACUUAAGCAUUGAAUGCAGAGAAAGCAGUGCUACCUCAGUUUUGCUGGAAGUAGACUUUGAUAGUUUUUUUUUUUUUUUGAUGAAUUUUCUGUAUUUUCAUGUUGUAGGUGAAAAUACCUUUUUUUUUUUUUUUUUUUUUUUUUCAUUUGCCUUGGAGCCAAAGUUUCUGUUCCUGGUGGUCGGAAAACUGUGCCUGCUGGCCAACUGACUUGAAGGAAAACUGUGGUAUGGAGCUCUGCUUGAAUUUUUUUUUUUUUUUUAAUUUUUUUUUUUGAUUAUCAUCAGCUUACUUGUCUGGCAAGUGCAGAAGCCUGGGACUGGCCUGAACUCUGCCAAACAAAUAUAGAAGUGUAUUUAAUAGUUAAACUUGUGCCCUUUCCCUUCUUGCUGCACCCAUGUUGUCACUUAAUCCCCAGGAGUUAUUUAUUACCUUCUUUGUUAAUGUCAAGCUCAUUUGGGGUAAUGUGAUAACUGUUUAGGUUUACAUGACCCUCCUCUCUUUUUCCCUACCCCCAAAUAUGUAUAUAUACAUAUAUAAGAUAUGUAUAUAUUUUACCUAUAUAAAAUAUAUAUAUACACAUAUAUGUAUCUAUAUUCCUUUAUUUCUUUGCCUGCUAAAACUGGCCAUAAAAGAGGGAGCUGCCUUCAAUAUAUAAAGCAUAAGAAGAGUGCCAGGGAAUGUCAUAAAUGGAGGCUUUUGAAUCUGAAUUUGGACCAUUUUCACUAAAGAGAAGAUGAAUUUUCUCAGCCCUUUCCUCAUACGAGGGAGGGCCAGUUCCCCAGACUCCUUUACGUGCUCGCUCCAUAAGGUCUGCUUUGGCCAUACUGCCACACGGGAGCUGACUCUGGUCCUACCCAGUUUCAGUAGAGGGUCCUCUUGUUAUUUUUCCAUUUAAAAAAACGGCCUCAAAAAACUGUACUGGAAGGGUGGGUGGCAGGAACUUGUAUAGUUCAGCUUCCAACACUUUGGAAUAGAUUGAAAAGGGAAUCUUUUGAAUAAAAACUUUUAAAAUAUUUAUACUCUUGAGAUAAUGAGAGUUUGUCUAUUAAACUUUUGGAGUUUUCUUCCCUAACUACUCCCAUCUGCCUCCCAGGUAUGUUUCUCAGCCUGGGCAGAAUUUGCUUAUUUUGAGUUCCUUUAUUAGUAGCCUAUGGCUCCAGGCUCCCAUCUUUCCAAAGAGGAUUAUUUAAAGAGUUUCUGCGAUCGAUGUUUUCUAAGAUUGACAGUGACCUAGGAAAUGUACUUGGGGGGUUGAUUUUUUUUUUUUUUUUAAAGCCCCUAAACCUUACAGUUGCUUCUUCUAGAGGACUAGAAGGGAAACUUUCAAAUCAGCCACAGCAAGUUAGCAGUACUGCUGGAAAGCUGAAGAGGGUCUCAGGCCAGAUGUCUGGCUUUUGUUCUAGCCUAAGACACAAGUUCCUUGAAUAAAGAGAGUUUUUAGGGGCCCAUUGGGUUUUGUGGGCUCAACUGUAGUCAGGGUGCCCAGACUGAGGUCUUAAAGGGGGAAUGCCUUUUUAUCCAGCCAGUCUGCGACCUCUAGUUUUUCCUGAUUCUGGACUGGGUCAAGGUUGAAAAGGGAGAAAGGCAGGCUGCUUCUCCUAGUCCGGUAAGGCUCUCUUCUUAGAUGACAAGGGUAUAUGGAGAGAAGUGCACAAAAGAGGGAGGCACUGAGGAUCCUGAGGACUCUGGAGAAACUGGAUUCCUUUCCCAGCCUACAAGGUAGCAUUCCAUGCAUGAGGUGUACUAGACUGGCUGGAUUUUGUAAAUUAACUAUUCAGCCUCCCCACCCCCCCAGAAAAGGGCCAGUAAAGAAAUUAUUUUUGGUUAUAUUUUUAAUGAUGUAUUUGUUACAGAAAUGCAAAUGAGAAACCAGAAAAGGGAGCCGUUAGGGAAGGACUUAAAGGGUCCUUCCAGGUUUGACUUCAUGAUGCAAGGAAUUCAAGCUUCCACAGUAGCUCUGCGCCAAUGUUUGACUACAGGAAAAGCAAUUUUGCAAAGGGAUCGAAGAUGGGUGUGUAUGUAGGAUUUGUAGUCAUUUCUGGGAAGUGAAAGGUCUCUGGUCCUUUUAACCUAGAAACAGGUUUUCUGUUUAAUGGGUGAGCAGUAAUUGUGUGGAAGAGGCCAAAUGCGUGCCCCUCAGGUAAGCCAGUGCACUCUUCACUUUAACAAUGUAACACCAGGGUGGUGUGAAGAGGGGCAGGAUAUGGAUGCAAUUUUGAAAAUAGGCAAAUAUUUGAGGGUAACUACAAUACAUUGAAUACGUAUUGGGAAAUUCUUGGUUUUCAGCAAAUGGCUGAGUUUGUGGUUAGUGAUUAGAAAGCUGUAUGAGAUGAAGUGUUGCUUCAUUGAAAUGCUCUUCCCCCAUCCCUGCCAUAUUUGAAUGUAUCAUUAACCCCACCUAUUGUAAUGACUUUGCUGUGCUUCAGCUGGUUGCCUCAACAGUAUUUCCUCAUCUGUGCCAGAUGUGCUCACAUCUGUGAGAUGUGAGAUAGGUCCCAGACACCAUGUCUACCCUUCCGAUAAGAAGUAUUAGAGCUGGGUAAAGAUCCCAAUUUCAACCAAGCCCACAGGCCCAAAGAAAUCCAACUGAAAAUGUACAGGGCAGUGUUUUUGACAUUAAAACUUUCCUAAGGAAGGCACAAACUAGCCUUCUUAGGAAGAAGGGAUUAAGCCACAAAGUAUUUAAUCAGUCUUUGAAACAGUCUUGAUUUCCCAGAGGCUGAUGCCAAAUUCAGCCCUCAUUGCUGGAGCCUGUAGGAUGUGGGACUCCAUAGUUCGUGUGAUGGCCUCAAAUACUCUACACUAUGCCAAAUUGCAUUAAACAAUAGUGGGAAAUUACUGGGAUAAGGACUUGGGUCUAAAAGUUGAAGAACCAAAAUAUCCAUAUUUAGGACUUUGGUUUGCCCCAUUUAAAGUUAAGUCUUGAGUGUAGUGAAGCCCAGAAGUAGACCCAAUUAUGCAAUUAUAAGGGCUGGAGAGAAGAUGCUGCUAGGUUUGUUUUGUUUUAGCUGCCUGCUUUCGCCUUUUUCUUGUGUCUCUAAUGUUUGAUUAGUGAUGACCUGAACAUCUUGGCAACUGACAAAGGUCUUCAGUGGUGGGCUCUAGCAGUAUCUUGUUUAGAAAGGACUAUUAAAAGUUAUUAAUACAGUAUGUUGAGACUCACUUGAGGACAUUCACAUUGAUCCUCAACUUACUCCAUAUUACUCCAUAAUCUGGUUUUUGAAUCUUAUAGGGUGGUUCCCACUCACCCCUUUCAGAAUUUAUUCCUAUAAGCUGUAAUUAUAGCAUAUAUCCAGUUUAAUCUGGACUGGGGGCCGUGUUUUAGUGAGGAUCUGCAGGUGUUUUUUCUUACUGAAAGACAGACUUGAGCACUGGUUGCAGACGCCAAGAUGAUUUAUAUAGCUUUGAGUAACCGUCAGGUACUGCGGCAUCACAUCCUCCCUAUUCCUCUUGGAAACUAAGCCUGCUUUCAUAGAUACCUUUUUCCACCAUGCACCUUCCCUUCUUUCAAUAUAAUCUUGGAUAAUGCCAAAGGAAGCCAUUCAACAGAAGCACACCUCCCCCCCCCACCCCCCCCACCCCUGCCAUUUAUUCUGGGGGAAGUGUCUUCCCUCUGACUCUGGUCCCCAGCCCCGAAUCUGUAAUAAACUCCUCUUACCUGUUGCACUAAUGAAUAUAAUUCUAGGUUUCAAAGGGGGAAUUUGAAGCAAUAGGCAAAUGGGGCUUGGAUGAAUUGGUCCUACAGAUACCCUGCCUUAACCCACUGAGGUGAUGAGUCCACUACUCAUGUGACCCUCCACCUUUGUGGAUUCCUCUUGGUUUGUGACCAGUCUGUCUGUUUCUUGAGGUUGUACAAACUUGUUGACAAAGGUCAAUACUUUUGUUUGUAUUCUCUGCACUGUUGCACUCUCCAAAUGGCCCCUUGAAUAUUUUUAACUUGUUACACACGUUUUGGUCUUUGUCUACAUUUUUCUUUUGAUGUUUUUGUUUUUUUAUUUGAAAGGUUACCUGCUGUUGGAUUUAAUAAAUUUGUUUACUUGACUGUUGACAAUUGUGAGAGAGAAAAAAACAAAACAAAACAAAACCAGUGACUUAAUUCUGGGGCAAGAUUUACCCACCAGGAGCCUCUUCCAACGUGAUAUUGGAUAGCAGUUUCUAUGCUUUGGAAAAUAAUCCAGAUGGUACAGGAUCCUCAGACUUCAAACAUGGAUGUUGACUUCCCACUCACAAACUUAAAGGCCUUUGGGUCAUAAUACUUGUAGGCAAAAGGCAAAUGAGUCCUCAGAGGGCCACUACUUAAAUAGUCUUACCAGAACAACUGAUUUGGAUUCCCAUGAGGAACAAAAAGUGAAUGUGAGCACUGUGCUAAUGGAUGGCUCCUACAUCAGGUUGGCAGUGAUUAAGGCAAAGGAGACCAGCUGAAACUGUCAAGUGCCACUGCUGUGUGACCUUUGGCAAGUUAGUGAAAUUCUGAGUUUCCUUAUACUCAUCUGUAAACUCAAGAGACUAUUUCCAUCAGAGUGUUAGGAUUUAAAAGAGUCUUUAUAAAAAGCACCUAAAUCACGUAAGUUUAAGGUUUCCAAAAGGAUGUCAGGUGAGUAAUGGCAAGGAAUCCAGAGAAGAGGAGAUGGGGGGGUUGGCAUGAUCACACAUGACCUUUGACAAGUCACUACCCCUCCUGGGGGCUUAACGUCCCUCUGUGCCAAAUUGGGGGGUGGGGGGAUGGGAGUGCUUAGACUAACAUGAUCCCUGAUGGCUCUCUUUGGCUCAUACAUCCUAGAAGUCUGAUUAUGGUAGACCAGUUAUGACCCUUAGCUUCCUUUCAUUGUAUUUUCUGUCUUGUUAUUGUUUGUAUUCAGGAAAGCUAUUGGCCAGCCAUCUUACUCACUUCUUUGAUGGAGGCCCUAAUGACCUUCCUAAAGACUUCCAGCCUCAUGUUGGUAUCUCCUAAAAAUAAGUAAGUACAGUGGUGGGACUAGAUGUGCUUUUGUUUUUCCUUUCAGUUGGAAAGGAUUUGGGAGUCAUGGCUACAUCCUCUAGCUAGGGACAGGGUUAUAGGGUUUCCUCAAUGAACUGGAAUUUUUUUUCUUCUCUUACCCUUAUUACCAAGGUUAGCAUCAGAUGGAGGCUGGAAGGAAACCUAGGGGAGGAGUGGUGACUUUUUUCCCCUCACUAAAGUGCAUCUCCAAAACAUGUACUUAUUCCCCAAUUGGCUCUUGGGCUUGUGUCUGCUGUGCUUUGGCCUUUCUGAGGUAUUGAGCCCAGCCAGGGCCUUAACAAACAGAGGUUUGGAGAAUUACACAGUGAAAGAUACUGAUUUGGGUGCUUAUAUAGAGCCUGGAGCUUUUCAAAGUGUUGUUAUGGUGCUAUACAGCUGUAUAGAUAAUAUAGGGCUAAAAUCCAAUUUAUUUUUUGAUGAGGGGCAAGCAACUUCUUCACACCAGAGAUGAGCUUAACUCUGCAUAUAGAAUGUACAGUUUGUAGCAAGAGAGAUACAACAGAAGGUAGUGCUAAGGGUCCAGAGACGUACAGAAGAGUCACCCUAGCACUGGCCUCUUCUCUCUUCUCAAAUCCAGUUGCCAAAAGCACAUGGCUGGGUUGCCUCUAGAAGUCCUCUCUUAGCUCUGGGUUUUGAUCUAGGCUCAAAAGGGUUAGUCUGCCUGGAAAGGAAAGGUAAGGGAGCCAGCCCAACUUCUCCCAUUUCCUUUCCUUUGCUAUGACUUCUCAGGAGGCCCUGUCUUUUGAAAGCCAUAAGGCUCUUAUCUGGGCUUAAUAUUCUUCCUAUGUAAUGUUCCAACCUUGAUUCUCUUGCCUUAGGGGUGCUGAAAAAGUCCUAGUGAAAUAUGGCAGCAGUGCAGUCAACAACAAAGCAUCUGACUGUAGUGUUGUAUAAUCCAUGCUGAUGGGGACUCUCCAUGGCCCUGUGUUUAUCUGGGGUGGUGCUGCUGAAAUUGCUAGUAUGUUAAAAUAUAGAGCUACAAAAUGGUAAGGCACCUUUUGUAAGAAAAGACAGAAGAAAACAGUGACACAGGCUCUUGCAUACAUGGCCUUACAUAGUAAAGGACACAUCCUCCGUGAUUGGGUAAGUAGAGAUAGAUAAAUGGGUAAAAUCUAAAUAUUUGGGGAAAAGUUGUCACAUGCCAAAAUAAAUUACAGGAAGAAUAAAAGUGUAAAAAUUAAAUUAUUUAAAAAUAUACACACACACACACACUUGUCAGUGGCUAUUAAUCUCUGAAUCAAGAAGACUUUCUAAAUACAAGAGCAAAUAGAACAAAUCAUAAAAGACUUCUAAAACUAUCUUUAAAAAGUAGAAACAUUUUUACAAUAAUAAACCAAUGGGACACUGUACUUAAUCCAUAGGGAGACCUUAAAGAAAAACAACUGGCCAAAAAACUUCUGAAAAAAAUAGAUGUGAAUCUACAGUAUAUUCAAAUAAAUAGAAAUUAAAGCUGUA